CGGCGGCCUGGCUGGGGCAGUGGGCGGCGCCCCUCCGCUUCCCAGGGACCGGGAGGAGACAGGUGCAGCAGAGGGCGCAGCUCUGUCUCGCCGCGGCUGUGCCAUGUUGUGCUGUGCCCGCCUGACGCUGCUGGCCGCGGCGCUGCUGGCGCUGGGGGUCCCGCGCGGCGGCGGCGCCCGGCUCCUGGAGUGGUACACGGCGUGGGUCAGCACCGCCUACACCGAGCCGCUCAGCAACCGCACGGUGCAGGGCAGGGCCGAGAGCGGCCGCUAUGGGGACAGCUCCCCCAAGGAAAGCGCGCAGGGCCUGGUGGGCAUCCCCCGCGGCCCCUCCGCCCGCCACAUGGAGGGCUGCGCCUCGGACACCGACUACGAUGUGCCCCUGCCGCCGGGGAGCCGCGGCCCGCCCAGCGGGGAGCCGCCGCCGCCCUGGAUCGCGCUGGUGGCCCGCGGGGGCUGCACCUUCAAGGACAAAGUCACCAACGCGGCCCGGAAGCGGGCGGUGGCCGUGGUGAUCUACAACGAGCCCCGCUUUGGCAACGCCACAGUCUCCAUGUCCCACCUCGGAACAGGCAAUACUGUGGUAAUUAUGGUUGGAUAUCCAAAAGGGAUAGAAAUUUUGGAACCAGUACGCAGAGGGAUUCCAGUAAAAAUGACUAUUGGUGUUGGCACAAGACAUGUGCAAGAAUAUAUCAGUGGACAGUCAGUUGUGUUCGUAGCCAUCGCUUUUAUCACCAUGAUGAUUAUCUCACUAGCCUGGCUCAUAUUUUACUAUGUACAACGUUUUCUAUAUACUGGGUCACAAUUUGGAAGACAGGGUCACAGAAAAGAAACCAAAAAAGUGAUCAGUCAGCUUCAGUUGCAUACUGUGAAGCACGGAGACAAGGGUUUAGAUGUUGAUGCAGAAAAUUGUGCUGUGUGCAUUGAAAACUAUAAACUGAAAGAUAUUGUCCGAAUUCUGCCAUGCAAGCAUAUCUUUCAUAGGACCUGCAUUGACCCCUGGCUGUUGGACCACAGAACUUGUCCAAUGUGUAAACUAGAUGUCAUCAAAGCUCUGGGAUAUUGGGGUGACUCUGAAGAUGCACUUGAAGUUGCAAUACCUGAAUCGAUAAGUGGCAGUGUAUCAGUAGGAAGUUUGAGUAUUGCUUUACAGGAAGAUGAUAGAAAUGAAGUAAGCGAUUUGUCAGCCUCCUCAACUAAUGAAUCUGUGUUACAGUGUAACAGUUUAAAAGAGGAUGCAGGUGAAACCACAGCAUUACUUGACAUGGAUGGCAGUGAUAGUCGGCAUGGAGAACAUCUGUCUAAUGGAAAUUCCCACUGAAAAACUUCAUGGAAGACUCUGAUUAGACUGCUUAAGGAACUUUUUAUUUAAUUAGUAUGACCUUUUGCCUAGUUGAUGGAAAAAUAACAAUGUAAUUUAUUUUAUCUUGAACUUUUCUAGUUCAUGUUCCAAAAGGGCUAAUAACUAAGAAUUUUGUAUAAAGAGGAUUUUUUAAAACUGGUCUGUCUGAUCCUAUGAAAGAUGCAAUACCUCUGAUAUAAGAAUCAUUACAAUGUCUGUGUGUUCCAGAGGGCUAUAACAAAGAUGUAGACUAGGAUGAGAGAACAGAAUAUAAAAAUUUUAAUGGAUAAAUGUUGGUUACACUGUGUUUACGUUUAGCAUGUGCAUAAAGCUGAAAGCAUUGACAACUCUACAUUUUAUUAAACUGUAACUUAAAAAAACAAAUUUUGCUGUAACUGGAGCUGGAUGUUUAAGAAGCAUGCAAAUAGAUUGUGAAAAUAUCAAAUGUCUUUGAUAUUACAUGGCAUCUUCCACUCUUCCCACCACUGGAUGAAAAAUAAUUGAUGGCAACUUUCUUAAUAUCAUUGGUUCUUAGUGUUUUCCAACUCAGAGAUGAGUACUUAAAUUUUUCCAUCUCGUUAACUUCUCCCAGGAACAGUUGACUUCAGUGUCUUUGCUGGAUAGUUUUUUAACAUGUGCGUGUUGACUUACCUAGCAUUCAUGUCAGUUAUCUCCUUCUCAGUGUUUAACUCAAUAAAACAGAGUAGAAAAGGGCUAUUAUGGUUAGGGAAUUUAUUUCUGUUUUAGACUUCCCUCUUACACUCUUGCCCCCAUUUCCAUGUGCACAAGUUGGGAUCCCUUCUUAAGAUCUUUUUAUGAAGCUAGGGGUCUUUGCUUUUGUCCCAUAGCCAAAAGUAAUUUCCUAGUUUAUUUCCCAUUAUGACUUUGACUGGGGUUGUUAUUAGAUUUUUUCCUUUGCUAGAUUAGCAGUAUUGUGCCUUAUAGUUGGUUUUUGGUUUUUUUUUGUAAAAAAGCACUUACUAACCCAAAGCAUCAGAGAUGAAAUAUCAACCCUUGCUUCUUUUUGACUCCUGUUCACAUAGUUACAUAUGAUAGAUAGUAUACAAAACAAUUUAGCAUUUCCUUAAAGAACUAUGUAUGUUUACGGUACUGUAUACAUUUUAAUAGUGUUGAAUUCUUAGGCCUUUAUUACUGCCAUGUCACAAAUGAAUGUAUAUGGUACAUCCUCAGACUUUUUGUAAGGUAGCCAGACAUUUGUUGAAGUGCACUUUGUUUUUAAAACAAUGUGUAUUUGAAGUGUUUUUAAGAAAAUGAAAAUAUGCAAUCCUUUUCUAAUUUGUAUUGUGCUUCAAUUGAAGCAGAAUUUUAUUUUAGAAUGAAUGUUCCAGAAAUGAAGGGAUUUUAAACGGGGGGAAAAAAAUCAAACAGUUCCUCAAAUAUUUGUGUUUUCAAAAUAUCCUUAGUAGUGAUAACUUAAGAUCUGCCUCUUUUUGUCCCAGUAGGAGUGCCCCCUGGUUAAAUUUCAUGGAAUAAUUGUCAGGGCAUAGUUCUCUCAUUUCACCAGCAGGUGCAACUUUUGUGAUGCCUCUAUCUGAUGAGAAGCACACAGGAAAGUGGAGUAUUUAAUAACUGACAUCCCCAUCUCCAAACAAUUAUGAUGCAUAGGAACCAGUAUGCCUCCAGAGCAAGUUCAUCUCUACUUCCAGGACUGCCUUUUUAAUUUACUCUUUCAUAUAGAACUGAGUCUUCUUCCUCUUCCUUAACACAAAGUUAAACGUUCUUGGUGGAUAAAUGUCAAGAGGGUCACAACUCCAGCUCGUUAGUCAGGAGCCUGUAGGAAGUUAUCAGAGACAUUGGGAGUCUCCAGAUGUUGCAGAUAUCAGCAAGACAUGGAAUCCACGCUGGAGGGAGCAUUGUGGUGACACAAAUUGGUGGAGUGGUAACUGGCCAUUAUACAGAUGUGGAUCACAUGGUGACAUGGUGUGACAAUUCUGGAACUGGAACUAUAAAAGAUGCACAUAAGUCAAGUUAAUGUUUUCACGUAUUCAAAUUGGAUACUGAACUCUAGUCUUGGAUAACUUGUCAUGUGGCAAAAUUUUGACCUGAGAUUGUUUAAAGUAGGAUGUCUUUGUGAUUGCUUGCAUGUAUCUGUGUAAGGGAAUUCAACAAACUUAACAAAUCCACCUAUACUCUAAUUGGACAGGGAUCUAAUUUAGUAGGUAUAUCACCUAUACUGUAUUCCAUCCACAGUAUGGUAUUGCUGCAUAUUUAAUUACUGAAUAUAUUUCAGUCUGAAACUGGAACUCCUACCGUAUUUCAUUAAUUCAGUAAGUAGUCAUGAGAGCUUUGGUUUUUUCCUAAAGCUCUAAGUCAAACUUAAUUCAGUUAAGUUUGAUGUUUCUGGUGAAAGACAAUCUGCAAGUAAUUGCUACUUGAACUUGCUCACUGAGUUACCAUUAAUAUUUGAAGGAUUCUUGUUCUUUUAGUCACCAAGUGGGAUCAUCUGGUGUUUAAACUGAACACAUUAAAAACUUAACAGGGAAAUAUGUAUUACAGCUUUGACCCCACUGGUGGGACUUUGCCUUUGCCUUUGAUUGGCAACUACAGAGGCAGCUUUGGGAUUGCAUUGGUCUAAUGCUUAAGCAAAUCCACAGAUUUAACUUGUUCAAACUUGAUUAAUGUUGAGCAAAACCAGAAUGAGUAUACUACUCACAAUCAAACUGUUUGACUUUGAUAAUGGCAACCCUAGUGCUAACUUUUUAAUGAACUAGUUGCAUUGAUUGGAUUCAGCACAUUAAAUUUUUUUCAUUGUAUACUUCAAACUAUUUAAGAAUGUUGAAUUCAAGAAAUCAAUGUUAUGUAUUGUGUAUUUAUUGGUUUAAAAAAAACCUAAGAAAUCCCAUAAGUUUUAUGGGCCUAUUAAAUGUAAUGGUAUUA